UUUCCAUCCACAACGAUGUCAGCAUCAGCUAAACCUGUUUCAAGCGAAGAUAUCGUUGGCCAAAAGUAUGACCGUUGUUUGGCAGAUUUUGUUGUGAAAGCAGGCGUCGGCUUUAGCGCAGGCGUCGUUGCCUCCGUCAUUCUUUUCAAGCGACGCACUUGGCCCAUAGCCCUUUCCACCGGUUUCGGUGCUGGUGCAGCAUACGCAGACUGUGAUCGUUCAUUUAACCCCGCGAGGAUUCCCGGAGUCAGAAUCAUUCCCAGUUCCUCCGAAUCAAUCACUACUAGCAAAUAG